CUUUAUGCCGGAGUUAUUGAAACCAUGACGAGAAGCCGGGUCAAGGAGAGGGACCCUCUGCAAGAAGGUGGCAUAGUUUCCAUAACGUACAAGUCUGGAAUCUACAAGGCUCGUAUCGUCGGAGGCCAAGCUCAAAAGAGACCCAGACUUUCAUCUGACGAUGACGAUUCACUCAUCAAUUCAGUUAAGGACCAGCUGGUUUCCCCACCUGCAUCACCAGAGCGCCCAAUCUCACCGCCUGCUUCGCCGAAGCACCCAGCCCAACCACCUUCCUCGCCAGUGUGCCCAGUUCUACCACCUGCCUCACUGGUGCACCAAGACCCCUCACGUUUCUCACCGGAACACUCGUUCUCACCGCAUGCCUCACCGAAGCGUCCAGCCCAACCACUUUCCUUGCCAGUGCACCUGGUUCUACCAGCUGCCUCACCAGAGUGCCAAGUCCUACCACGUUCCUCUCUGGAGUGCCCAAUCCUGUGUAUUCAUCAGAGAUCAGUUUUUAGGGAAUAAAACUUUUCCUUUAAUUUAAAAAAAAAUUAAUUAAAAUGCAACAUAUCAACUAAUGUCCUAAUCACCUUCCCUAAGUUACAUGCAGUUGGAAAACUACAAUUAAAAGUGGAUGACCUUCACAGAUUUAGCCCAACAAAGUAAUCUCCAAUGCUGUCACAAACGCACCAACCGUGGCUGACUGUGACCUGUUUUCGAGGGUUAUACAGAGGUACGGUGCACAAGUAAAGUCAUGCAUGAAAUAAAUGUUGCCGUGCGGCACGUCUUGUGGGGCUUCAUCUCAUCCUGUAUUUUGGGAAGUCCUCUUUUCCAAAUUAAUCUGUUUAUUUUACCUUGCAAAAUAUUGAAAUUAUUUUAAAUUUCAAAUUAAUUUCAGAUUAGAAAUAAAGAUAAAACUAUUGCAGGUGUUUAUUUGCUUUCAACUCUAAAGUUUCCCUGUGUUGUAUUUUUUUCCCAACU